AUGGAGAACCAUGGCCAAUAUGCCAAUCGCGGUCGCUCUCCGUCCGCGAGUGUGCAUAGCCGCAACGUCAGCCCAUCACCACAUCACUCCCCAUACCACAAUCCAAAUGCCGCGGGACUCAUGCUGAAUUCUUCUUCGUUAAUGACGACGACUACAACUACAUCAUACCCAUCCUCCUCCCUCGCGCCUGACUCGGAUAAUCCCGAUCUCUACAACGCCUUCUUAUCGCAUACGAGCACCUCCGCUGAUAAUACCAACAACCUCGUCGCGCAAAACGAGCAGUUCUCUUCUUCAUUCGCGGCGAGUUUUGCGGAUCAGUUGGACCAGUCGUCAACGCAUCAGGAGGGGAAUUAUUCAAGUCUGCUCAAUCCGAAUCCGAAUGAGUAUGAUUUUUCGCAGUAUGGGGUGGCCGCGGGUGACAAUAAUGCGGGCAUUCAAUCGGCCUUUGAUUCGUCGUAUUUGUUGGAUCAGCAGCAGCAACAACAACAACAACAGCAUAAUACGCAAAACGCUCAGUUGAUGGGUCAAGGGGAUAUGAGUCAGAUGGGAUCGCCUAAUAAUUUAUUAUCGCCUGAACAGCAUCACUCCUCUCCUGGUCAGAGUCAUACUUCACCGCCCAUCUCGUCCGGUCCUUUCUACUCUCCCAGACACUCUCGGAGUGCCUCCCUAGAUCCCAUGAGUGCAGCGUACAUGUCUAAUCAUAACCAGCCGCAAGAUUGGCAGAAUAUGCUGGAGAAUCACGCCUUUCAGAGUCAUCGACGUGCCCCCUCGGAACACUCUGAAGUCUCGUCCGUGUCCCAUUCGCCUUAUACCGGUCAUCAUGAGUCAUUCGAUGCUUUGGAUGGUGCGUCACCGUCCCUAGGAGCUCAGAAUGAUCCUGUGCUGUAUGACAAUACCUUGGCAAUGGAUAGUUUUACGCUUUCGGAGCAGCAGCAACAACAGCAGGGAUUGAGUCCUCAUCACAGCCCAUACGUCGCGCCGCAGGUACUGCCUCAAGACGUUAAUAGCGAUGCGUUUUUGUUAAGCGGGCAACAGAAUAUGACUCAGUUCCCUACUCUAUCUCAUGACAUAUAUACAGGACAGCCGGGUGAUGCAAUGCUUGCCGGUAUGCAAGCGCCAGACAUGUCGGGUGUUGAUUUGAAUCAGGUGAACAACAUGGUUCCGCCUCCGUCAAUCAAUGUGGAAUUCGCUCCUCCGUCUAGAGUGCCUAGCUUUGGUCCGAAUGGGGAGAAUGACUUUGACGCAUUGUCUCCACCAUCUCGAGGAUCCCGUGGACGAAGUAAAUCGGAUCCGUUUGGACGACCUCCGUCAGUUGGUCGACCUCACUCGCAGUCCGUAUCGUCGACAAGCAGUUUAGAUCCUGCAGUAGGUUCAUCUCCGCGAUCUCUUUCUCCGUUCGGCCCCAUGGGAGGGUCACGUAGCAAUCCAGGCUCGCGGGGCGUGUCGCCGGCAUCCAGAUCGGCUAUACGUAGACAGUCUACAUCUUCUAUAGAACGCAAGGUCAUUCUUGAUCUUGCUGACCCUCAGCGACCAGGUGCUACACCUGGCGAGUCAAAGAGGACUCAGAAACAUCCUGCCACGUUCCAGUGCAACCUUUGUCCUAAGAGGUUUACACGUGCAUAUAAUCUACGAUCUCAUCUUCGAACCCACACAGAUGAACGACCCUUUGUUUGUACCGUAUGCGGUAAAGCGUUUGCUCGACAACACGAUCGAAAGCGCCACGAAGGAUUGCAUUCAGGAGAGAAGAAAUUCGUAUGUCGCGGCGAUCUCGCUUCUGGUGGUCAAUGGGGCUGUGGCCGACGAUUCGCUCGAGCCGAUGCUCUGGGUCGUCAUUUUCGCUCAGAAGCUGGGCGUGCAUGUAUCAAGGCGUUGCUGGACGAAGAAGCCAUCGAACGCAGUCGAGCGUUUAUGGAACAACAGCAUCAACAACAGCAACAACAUCUACAACACGUCCCGCAGCCGAUGAUGAUUCCGGGUCUUGAUAACGGGCAGGGCGCGUUUACCCUGCCAGCUGCACUGCUAGCCCAAUAUCCUGCUCUACAAACUCUCCAAUGGGACCAAAUCGCAACAACAUCCGGGAACGAUGAUGUCAGUGAUAUAAGUGCUCGAAAUAGUUUUGACGCAAGCUCAGGCGGAGAGUUUGGAUUCGACGACGACGAUUUGAGUAUAAGUAGCUUUACAGCCGCGUCGAAUCAAGGCGCGAUAUACGGUGGUGGUGGUGGUAGUGGAAGUCAUCCUGGCUCGUCGCCGAAUUUUGGGCUAGAUGCCACCACAGAUCCGAAUUAUACGGGCCAGGAAUGGAGUUGA